UUAUUUAUUCAAUUCGAUCAUGUUUGACCCUUGUAUUAAUUCAUUGGUUGCCGUCGAUUGUGACAGGCGUCCAAUAUUUCUGUCACCUCGAGGAACAUUCCGUUUACGGUGCCUGAUAUAACCUGCCAAUGAUCAUCCAGGGCGUCGAAGCACGCCUUCCACUCAGACCAAGCGCACAGUAGGCAAUGGUGGCCAUUUUGAGUGUGGAAAAGUUUGCGGUCAUUCCGGUUUGUAUUCGAUACUCGGCAUAACACAGCCCCUUAUUUAUUCACCGUCGUAUUCUGUUUUUCUAACAACACCAAUAUUUAGUUUAGUUAAACGUAGUUUCACUAAGGCGCUAGUAUCAUCACCUGUCAUGGCGGAUUGUUAGGGCCAUUGUCGGAUGUGACCCAUUUAAGUGACGUAGCGGAAAGUAACCAUUACACAACCAACUUCAAUAACACGCUGGGACAACGAGUCAACGAUUCACUACCAAUUCUCUUCCUGAUAAACUCGCCGAAAUCUAAACGUUCAGUGUACUAUGGCUUUGAGAAGCAUCACUCGUCUAAUCUCCAGCACCCCAAAAUGUGUAUCUAUCACCGCGUGCCGAGCCCAGGGCACAGUUGCUCCUGCCACGCGAAAAGUUCAAGAUGCUGAAGAUGUCAACAAGGCUGUCAAAGGAACCAAGGUGCCAUUCAACUGGCGAGAUGCUCUGGACCUGGAGGGUCAGCUUACAGAGGAGGAGGUGAUGAUCCGAGACUCCUUCCGUGACUACUGCCAGGAAAAACUCAUGCCCCGCAUCGUCAUGGCAAACAGACAUGAACAUUUCCACCGUGAGAUUGUCUCUGAGAUGGGAGAGUUGGGCGUACUAGGCCCCACUAUUAAAGGUUAUGGCUGUGCGGGAACAAGUUAUGUGGCAUAUGGCUUGAUUGCCAGAGAGGUGGAAAGAGUGGACAGUGGCUAUCGCUCAGUUAUGAGCGUACAGUCGUCACUGGUCAUGCAUCCCAUUAAUGCUUAUGGCACAGAGGCUCAGAAGGAGAAAUACCUACCCAAGCUUGCUCGCGGAGAAAUCUUGGGCUGUUUUGGCUUGACAGAGCCUAACCAUGGCAGUGAUCCCAGCAGUAUGGAAACCAAAGCCGUAUAUAACCCAUCCAGUGGUACCUUCACCAUCAGUGGAGCUAAAACAUGGAUCACUAAUUCCCCUGUAGCAGACAUUGCAGUGGUGUGGGCCAAAUGUGAAGAUGGAAAGGUGCGUGGUUUCAUCCUGGAGCGUGGAAUGAAGGGCUUUGCUACCCCAAAGAUAGAAGGCAAAUUUUCACUGAGGGCCUCCGCCACUGGCAUGAUCCUAAUGGAUGAAGUAGAAGUUCCUCAAGAAAAUCUGCUGCCAAAUAUCUCUGGUCUGGCUGGUCCCUUUGGCUGUCUCAAUAACGCUCGGUAUGGCAUCGCCUGGGGAGCUCUGGGUGCAGCGGAAUUCUGUUUCCACGCAGCUAGACAGUACACGCUUGACAGAAUACAGUUUGGGGUGCCACUGGCGAGGAAUCAGCUUAUGCAGAAGAAGAUGGCCGACAUGUUGACAGAGAUAACCCUUGGGCUGCAGUCGUGUUUGUCCCUCGGAAGACUUAUUGAUGAGAAGAAAGCAGCUCCAGAAAUGAUUUCUAUGCUGAAAAGGAAUAGCUGUGGCAAAGCUUUAGAUAUCGCAAGACAAGCCAGAGACAUGCUGGGAGGGAACGGAAUUGCCGAUGAGUACCACAUCAUCCGUCAUGUCAUGAACCUCGAGGCUGUUAACACAUAUGAAGGAACCCAUGACAUCCACGCCUUGAUCCUGGGCAGAGCUAUUACCGGACUUCAAUCUUUUACUGUUGGAAAAUAAAAGAGUUUUGAGAAGUUGAAUGAGAAUACACGCAAGGGAUUACUGGAUGCAGAAACUAGAGCACUUUAUUCCCACCUUUCUCAGAUGUUUUGAGUUUGUGGAUAUUAUCAAUACAUUGAGUCCUCUCAAAUUCACUUGACACUAAACAUUUUUGUUAUCAUUUAGACUAAUGUGAGGCUGUCAUUAUUUGACAUCUUAGAUUUUUCCGUUUUUAUCAGCAUAUCUUCUCUUUCCCAUAACUUGUUAAUUGACAUUGGCGUUACCAGGCAAAGUUUUUGUCUCCAGCUGCAGUUCACACUACACUGCUCCAAUGUGUAAUACAAUUUAUGCUAUCCAUGGCAAAUGCUGAUCUCACGUCUCAUUGGAACAAGCUGGGAAAUAGUCUCAGUCUACAGUGACUUGCGAAUGUAAAUUAAUUCUUCUCCAUGUUUCACCUAGUCUAAAAACUGCAUUGGGCCUAAGUUAGAUACUCUAACUGUCCUCUUAUAAUGCCUGUAUUGUAAAGGAUUUCGACAGCUACAUGAAAAGGUUGUAGCAAGAGAAAUUUGGUUAUGUUUUGUCUUGCAUUACAAAUGUAAAUGGCCUAAAAUUAGGGUGGCUGAGAUGUUUCAUCGAAAAGCACGAAUAAAAACUGCCCUACUCAG